AUCUCGAAAAAAAAUAAUCAAAUCAUUAUACCCCCACAAACGAAGUUUGAGAGGUAUAUAGAAGUGAGCUUGUCGGUCGGUCAGUCUGUCUGUCUGUCUGUCUGUCUGUCUGUCUGUCUGUCGGUCGGUCUGUCGGUCGGUCGGUCGGUCGGUCGGUUUUCAUGGUUUCCGGACGAUAACUCAUGAAAGGCUUGACAGAUUUGAAAAAAAAUUUGGUACACAGGUGUAACAUCAGAAGAUACAGGUCAAGUUCGAUAUUGGGGCUGGUGGGGCCAAGGUCAAGGUCACUGUUACUAAAAAUAGAAAAACGGUUUCCGGACGAUAACUCAUGAAAGGCUUGACAGAUUUGAAAAAAUUUUGGUACACAGGUGAAACAUCAGAAGAUACAGAUUAAGUUCGAUAUUGAGGCUGGUGGGGCCAAGGUCAAGGUCACUGUUACUAAAAAUAGAAAAACGGUUUCCGGACGAUAACUUAUGAAAGGCUUGACAGAUUUGAAAAAAAUUUGGUACACAGGUGUAACAUCAGAAAAUAAGGUCAAGUUCGAUAUUGGGGCUGGUGGGGUCAAGGUCACUGUUACUAAAAAUAGAAAAAUGGUUUCCGGACGAUAACUCAUGAAAGGCUUGACAGAUUUGAAUUUUUUUUUGGUACACAGGUGUAACAUCAGAAGAUACAGGUCAAGUUCGAUAUUGAGGCUGGUGGGGCCAAGGUCAAGGUCACUGUUACUAAAAAUAGAAAAACGGUUUCCGGACGAUAACUCAUGAAAGGCUUGACAGAUUUGAAAAAAAUUCGGUACACAGGUGUAACAUCAGAAGAUACAGGUCAAGUUCGAUAUUGGGGCCGGUGGGGCCAAGGUCAAGGUCACUGUUACUAAAAAUAGAAAAAAGGUUUCCGGACGAUAACACAUGAAAGGCUUGACAGAUUUGAAAAAUUGUUGAUACACAGGUGUAACAUCAGAAGAUAUAGGUCAAGUUCGAUAUUGGGGCUGGUGGGGCCAAGGUCAAGGUCAGUGUUACUAAAAAAAGAAAAACGGUUUCUGGACGAUAACUUAUGAAAGGCUAAACGGAUUUGAACAAUUUUUGGUACACAGGUGUAACAUCAGAAGAUACAGAUCAAGUUCGAUAUUGGGGCUGGUGGGGUCAAGGUCACUGUUACUCAAAAUAGAAAAAAUGGUUUCCGGACGAUAACUCAUGAAAGGCUUGACAGAUUUGAACAUUUUUUGGUACACAGGUGUAACAUCAGAAGAUACAGGUCAAGUUCGAUAUUGGGGCUGCUGGGGCCAAGGUCAAGGUCACUGUUACUAAAAAAAAAAACGGUUUCUGGACGAUAACUCAUGAAAGGCAAAACGGAUUUGAACAAUUUUUGGUACACAGGUGUAACAUCAGAAGAUACAGAUCAAGUUCGAUAUUGGGGCUGGUGUGGUCAAGGUCACUGUUACUAAAAAUAGAAAAAUGGAUUCCGGACGAUAACUCAUGAAAUGCUUGACAGAUUUGAACAUUUUUUGGUACACAGGUGUAACAUCAGAAGAUACAGGUCAAGUUCGAUAUUGGGGCUGGUGGGGCCAAGGUCAAGGUCACUGUUACUAAAAAUAGAAAAAUGGUUUCUGCUUCAUAACUUUAAUUGGGCAUGAGAUAUUGUGAUGAAACUUGCUGUAUAGGCAGCCUCUGUGAAGACAAUGCUUGUGAUUGAAAAUGGGGCCAGUGGAGUAAAGGUUUUUGUGCACUGUUACGAAAAUAGAAAAACGGUUUCCGGACAAACAAUACAUGCAUGAUAAAAGAAGAUGCAAUGUGCAGUAACCUUGGAGUUAUGGCCUCUUUUCAUAGGUAUGGUUUGCCAUUCCUGUGUCCAGGCGGCAUUUGGGGGUAUUCGUCACUCCUGUGACAGCUCUAGUUUAUUAUAUACAGUUGCAAUUUGUUGUGUUAUCCAAAUCGAUAAACAUUAAGAUACAGAGGAAUUUUGUUGAUUUCAGUGUACGAUUUAUUUUUCAUUUAGUGGGUUUCCAAUGCACAAACUAUUACUUUCUAUGACCAUGAGUAAAAUAAAAAACAAUCUUUUACUGAAAUCAACAAAUUUUGUAUUUAUUUUAUGCGUUUCCCUUGCUUUUUGAAUUUCUUUCCACGCUCGAGACAUUCAUGUUCGUCGACAGACCCUACGGGGCACUCCCAUCCCCCUUCCCUACAAAGGAAAAUAUCCGGUGCAUGGAGUUUGCCCCAGAACAAGUGUUAAGUGACUCUCCGAUAAUUUUUGUGGACACGGCAGAUGAUCAGAAUAAGACAGCGACGAUCAAUCUUCGGUUAAACAUACCCUUUGGAUGUAAAAAAAACAGAACUGGGUGCUCCUUAGACGUCCUAUUAGUUCAGUUGGAGAAAAAUAAUGAUUGUAGAUUUUCAAGGAUAACUGCGGGCGAUGGAAAAGACUAUGACAUGAAAUGCGGUGGGCGAAUUCGUCAAGAUGAUGUCGGGAAAAAUGUUUCAGUGCACGUAGACAUGGUGACUGGUGAUUGGAAAAAUACAUACAAUCAGGAGUUUUCUGUUUCGCUUCAUACGGGAUCUCAUCAUCACACAUUCUUUGAAAAGACAUUUUUAAAAACACUAACGAUUAAAGCACAUGUAGAAACCAGUCAACUAGUAUCAUCACAGUGUUGGUCACAUAACGAUCCACAUAUGCGAACGUUUGACGGAAGGCGAUUCGAACACCACGACGAGGGUGUAUGGUAUCUUUACAUUAAUACUGAAGAAAAAAUACAGGUUUUAAUUAAAACGAAACUUUGUGGACACGUUUGGAAUGGAUACAGAGUAACAUGCAACUGUGGUGUCGUCGUUAACGCCGGAAGGGAUGUCUUCUCCAUAUCUGCUUGUGAAACGAGAAACUUUUUUGAAAGAAAGUUUACAUCCUGUGAAGACGAGAAAGUUUUAGAAAUUACCACAUCGUCAUACGGAAGAAUAGAUAUAGUUCUUCCAACAAAAACGAAGGUUCAGGUGAACGCAUACGGGGCACCUUUUCUAAAUGUCGACAUCUGGCCAUCAAAUGCUGACGCUAAAAAGCCAUCAGGUCUUUGUGGUUACAUGGAUCAGAACUGGUCAAAUGACUAUGUUUUUCUUAACGGAACUGUAACAAACGACGAAACUGCUUGGAGACAUUCAUGGAGAGUACCGGAUGAUAGGAAUCUGUUUGAAAAUAACAACCAUCUUACCCCGUGGCCUGGACAAAAACGCUUUUGUUCUUGCAAGGAAGACAACGGGGAUAUAACGGAUGAAUUAAUAUGCAGUGCUGUUGACCCAAGAUCUUGCCAUGUUCAGGGCGAUGAGGACCAGUUUGGUAGAUGUUUUUCCACCCGAGUAACAAGACGUAAACGGGGUGUGAAUAGCGUGGAACCUGAUACGCAUGAAAGUGCUGUAACAUCAAUGAAUGAAACGGAGUCUCAGUCAACACCACUGACCGGAAUCACUUUCGAUAACGCAACCGCCUGGGCAUACUGUGAGGAUGCGUUCAACAUUACGGUUUUAAGAAUUUGUUCACAGCUAAAGAAUUUUACGCAAACAGAUUAUUUGCAAAACUGUGUGGAUGACAUUUUGGCAAUAAAUGACACUGUUUUUACACCAACACAUGUCGACUUGCAAAAGAAGAAAUGCUAUUCGAUGAUGUCUGCAUCGCUUCCACCCCCAGCAGAAGCCUUCAAAAACAUUUCACUUAUAGUGGGCGGGAAAGAAGUAGAAAAUAUCACGGAUGAUGUCAUUCAGGAGUCCUUAGAACCUGAAUACACGACAGAAGUGUUAAAUGAGAUUGUCAUCAAUGACUGCCCGCAAGAGUGCUUUGGACGAGGUGAUUGUAACAACGGGACUUGUGAGUGUAACGAGGGUUUCGCCAGUUCAGAUUGCUCUGUAGACCUAUCGAAACCUGUAACUAUGUACGGAAUCCCGGACCGAGGAUAUUGUGAUUUGAAAUACAGACCGUGCGAAAGAACUUCAGUUUUUGGCACAAACAUUGCUGAUACAGUCAAAUGUUAUUUGCAACACUACUGGGUAACGAACACUUCUCAUACGUAUACAGAUUUUACAUUUGAGACGGAAGGACAUAUGCUUGCCCCUGACGAAAUCAAAUGUCUUUUGCCAACCGCAGAACCGACAAUUCCUGAUGGGUUUUUGUCCUUGGGAUACAACGUGUCUCUAAGCAACGAUGGCAAUCUGUUUAGCGUCGAAGAUAUGAUUUUAAUUUAUGACAGUGAUUGUGUAAAUUGUACAAGACUUGGCUCUGACGUCAUAUGUGAAAGAAUAGACGGUUCCUGUAUGAAAGAUGGUUUGUGCUACGUACAGGGCGAGUAUAUAGGCUGUUCAGAAUGCUCCAAUGCCCUUGGUGGAAACGUUACUUGGAUUUACCAAUGUGCCUUGACAGGAUGUAAUCCUUGUUUGAACAAUGCUACAUGUAUCAACGGCUACGAAGGAUAUAGUUGCAUGUGCGCAGAUGGCUGGAACGGAACACAUUGCGAACAAAAUAUCGAUGAAUGUGAAAGCAAUCCCUGUGUAAAUGAAGGAACCUGUAAUGAUGGUGUGAACAGUUAUACUUGCGUCUGCACAUAUGGGUGGGAAGGACCAAAUUGCGAAUUUGACAUCGACGAUUGUCUAACCAACCAUUGCCAAAACAACGGUAGUUGUGUAGACGGUUUCAAGCAGUAUACAUGCAAGUGUGCUGGUGGUUUCGACGGAACUCAUUGUGAAAACGAGAUUCCAAGCUGUGAUGGAGAACCUUGUCAGAAUGGUGCUACAUGUCAUGAUAUGGCUGACGGAUAUUCUUGUUCAUGCGCUGUUGGGUUUUCCGGAACAUUCUGUGAAAUAGACAGAGACGAGUGUAUAAAUAGUUCGUGUCAAAAUGGAGCAACUUGCAUUGACGGCGUUAACAGCUACACUUGUCAGUGUGAUGAAGGAUGGGAGGGCUUACAUUGUCAAUUAAAUAAAGACGAGUGUUCUAGCAGCCCAUGUGCAAACGGUGCUACUUGUACUGACGGCAUCAACAGCUUCAGCUGCUCAUGUGUUGAUGGAUGGGUGGGAACAACAUGUGAAAUCAAUACCGACGAUUGUGCUAGCGACCCAUGUAAAAACGGUGCCACUUGCACUGACGACAUUAAUAGUUUCACCUGUGAAUGUGAUAGCGGCUGGGAGGGACUAACUUGUGAAAUAGAUACUGACGACUGUGCUAGCAGCCCAUGUGAGAACGGAGCCACCUGUACUGACGGCGUUAACAACUACUCCUGUUUAUGUGUUGAUGGCUGGGAGGGAACAACGUGUGCAAUCAAUACCGACGAUUGUGCUAGCGACCCAUGUAAAAACGGUGCCACUUGUACUGACGACAUUAAUAGUUUCACCUGUGCAUGCGAUAACGGCUGGGAGGGACUUACUUGUGAAAUAGAUACGGACGAUUGUGCUAGCAGCCCAUGCGAGAAUGGAGCCACCUGUACUGACGGCGUUAACAACUACUCCUGUUUAUGUGUUGAUGGCUGGGAGGGAACAACGUGUGCAAUCAAUACCGACGAUUGUGCUAGCGACCCAUGUAAAAACGGUGCCACUUGUACUGACGACAUUAAUAGUUUCACCUGUGCAUGCGAUAACGGCUGGGAGGGACUUACUUGUGAAAUAGAUACGGACGAUUGUGCUAGCAGCCCAUGCGAGAAUGGAGCCACCUGUACUGACGGCGUUAACAACUACUCCUGUUUAUGUGUUGAUGGCUGGGAGGGAACAACGUGUGCAAUCAAUACCGACGAUUGUGCUAGCGACCCAUGUAAAAACGGUGCCACUUGUACUGACGACAUUAAUAGUUUCACCUGUGCAUGCGAUAACGGCUGGGAGGGACUUACUUGUGAAAUAGAUACGGACGAUUGUGCUAGCAGCCCAUGCGAGAAUGGAGCCACCUGUACUGACGGCGUUAACAACUACUCCUGUUUAUGUGUUGAUGGCUGGGAGGGAACAACGUGUGCAAUCAAUACCAACGAUUGUGCUAGCGACCCAUGUAAAAACGGUGCCACUUGUACUGACGACAUUAAUAGUUUCACCUGUGCAUGUGAUAACGGCUGGCAGGGACUAACUUGUGAAAUAGAUACGGACGAUUGUGCUAGCAUUCCAUGUGAGAACGGAGCCACCUGUACUGACGGCGUGAACAAUUACUCCUGUUUAUGUGUUGAUGGCUGGGAGGGAACAACGUGUGCAAUCAAGCAAUUGACUUAUCAACGUUGGCUUUUAACACUGAUACCGACGAUUGUGCUAGCGACCCAUGUAAAAACGGUGCCACUUGUACUGACGACAUUAAUAGUUUCACCUGUGCAUGCGAUAACGGCUGGGAGGGACUUACUUGUGAAAUAGAUACGGACGAUUGUGCUAGCAGCCCAUGCGAGAAUGGAGCCACCUGUACUGACGGCGUUAACAACUACUCCUGUUUAUGUGUUGAUGGCUGGGAGGGAACAACGUGUGCAAUCAGUACG